AAUUUAUAAAAAUUGCACUUCCAAACUAUGGAAAAGGUUUUGUAAAGGGUAUGAGAAAUUCCGAGUCUCUUGAAAAAAAUGGAAUAGAAUUUUGUAAAUAUAUUUUUAAAUUAGAAAGAGAAGAAUUUGAAAAAAAUUUUGAAACUAUAAAUUUUACCAAAGAAAAAGUUAAUAAUAUUGUUGAUCAC